GAGGGGAGAUAGAGGAGGAAAAGGAGUGGCUUUUCUGCAGAUAGUCACCCCUCUCCACCGGAGUAAAGUCUUCUCUCAGAGGGAGCUUGUGGGAGUGAGAAUAAUCGGGAAAAUUUGAGAUACCAAGCAAGGAAGACAGAGGAAGGAGAAGGGAGAGGCACAUUUUAGUUUCAGAUCAUUGUUCUGAGCCUCUGCCAGGCUGUACGGAGGUUCCAUACAGCCAUGGCAUCAGCAGCUCCACCAAAAAGGAUGGUGUCCUCUGUCUUCAUCACACUGGCGUCUCCUCAUCGAGCCACCGUGUCACAGCAACAACCUGCCCUCCAGGCCAGCACUGGCCCGGUUAGAGACAAACAGCACAACACUGUCAGAGCCACCCCAGGUGAAAACGCACCUGUUUACAGAUACAAGAAACAGGACCAACCAUCACCUGACACCUACAGCUCAGUUAAUAGCAGAGACUGGACUCAUGGAAGGCCCUCAACAUCAUCAUCAUCAUCAGACCCUUUGAGCCCUAAAGUGGCCCCCAAUGGAUCCACCAAAGCACAGCUGCAAGAAGUAAAGGACCAGACAAAGAGGAUCAUUCCCGGUAUUCAUAGUGAAGAGCUCUUACCUCCUCCUCCUACUGAUGUACCGCCCUCCUCUCCUGGAGGAAAGCUCUCUGAGGAGUUAUCACUUCCACCACCACCUCAAACAUGUCUCCUUCAUCUCCAGAGCCAAGACCAGCAUCCAGUUAGCAACAACAAGGUGGAGAGAUGCACGCCAUCUGGUUGGUCGACCGGAGAUUAUGAAACCCAUGAGAUCCUUCAAAACAGCCAAGACACAAACAGGGAAAGCAAAGACGUGUGCGGUUUUUGUCGGAAAACUGUAGCCUUUCCUGAACCUGCUUUAGAGGCCCUGAACAGAACCUACCACGAAAGCUGCUUCCACUGUAGAUCCUGUCACGUCCCCCUGGCUGGUAAACAGUACUACAACAAGGCAGGAAUCCCACUCUGUGAAAGCUGCUACCAGGCAAGUUUGGAGCUCUGUUGGUCUUGCGGUGAGGUCAUCACAGAUCACAUCAUCCGCGCCCUAGAGCGAGCGUACCAUUCUUUCUGUUUCACCUGCAAAACGUGCAAACAGCAAAUUGGUGAGCAAGCAUUUGCUCAGGGAGAAGUCGGAGAAGUUUACUGCCUCAAGGACUACUACAAGAAAUAUGCCCCGAGGUGUAGCGCCUGCAACCAUCUGAUUAUUCCAAAAGACGAUGGCACUGACAGCUAUACUGUUGAGUGUUUGGGGCACUCUUACCAUGAGAACUGCUACAGAUGUGAGGUCUGUGCCAUCCAACUUUCCCCUGAACCAAACGAGAACGGCUGCUAUCCUUUAGAUGGGAAAAUCCUUUGCAAGGCUUGUCAUGUGGAUUUGGUGUCUGAGCAGCAGUAACAUCAACCUCACAGACUCAGAUAAACAGCAAGCAACGGAAAACCAACCUGCAACCAGCUUGUGAAGUUUAACAGAAAAAAAAGCUGUGCAUAUAGAAAAGCAUAGAAAUGUCACACCUCCUUGAACAGAACAUUUAAUAUCUUUACAAUAUAUCAAGCUUUCUGAAGAUUCUUCAGUUCUUCUCUUACACUUGAUUGUUUUGCACUCAUAAAAACAUUUAUGCAACUGGCUUUACAAAAAUGAUACGAGUGAGCAUGAUCUCAGCUGAAAUGCUGUUGAUCAAUCACUUAACGAAAGGUCUAAACAUAAAAGUAAUAUAAAAUUAUGCCAAUCAAAGCCGAGUAUUUAAAUGUAUUUUAUUCAAGGCACUUGCAAGACACAGAUCAACCUAAACAGAUCAACCAAAAACAGAUCCUGGUUUAGAAAUAAUAGAAUAUUCACACUGAUUUGACAUAAUGGCCUGUUACUCAAAAUGGCUUGUGGGUUUAAUAAUGUAUUUGUAUUGAAAAAUAUGUAUAAAAUCAUUUUCAGAGGAA